UGGAUCACACACCCAAUCAGCUGACCUGACCAUGGUGGGAUAUAGCUCUGGUGAAGAAGAAGAAGAACCAAAUAUUGACUCUUAUCUUGGACCCAAGGAGUGAGGUCAUCUCUUCCGGAGACGAUUAAGUGUCGUAAACAAGCUGUUCGAUCCGUUCGUUGGAAGGAUGAGGUAAUUUUCAGUUUCGAGAGUGCAUUUAGUUGCUGUGUUUGGAGUAAAUUGAGGCAAACUUUGUUCUGGUUUCAUGGGAAAUUGUGGUUGUUAUUCUUAGAGAGAUGGCAUCUUUUCCUCUUGCUUGGAAUAAUAUUUGUGUUGGGAAAUCCAGCUUGUCCUGGAAACAGAGAGCUCUUACUUAUUCGGCGCCAAAUAAUUGUAUUCCCUUGGUUUCGAAUCCCUCUUUUUUGAGUUAUUGCUCUCGUAGAGUUACUCGUAGGUUGUUGUUGUGUAGCAAUAGGACUAGUUUUGUGGCCAGUGACAAGAUUCAUGGCGAUGCUCGUUUGGUUAGAGAAGGAAAUAGUGAAGUGAGAAAGAAAUUUUCUUUGAGAUUGCGCCCUAGGUUAAGAUUAUUGAUUAGAAAAUUGAAGAAGAGUUCAAUCAGGUCGUUUUUAGAGGGCUUCUUGACAUUUCUUCGGAAAAAUGUUAGGAGAGUGACGUUUUCUGCUUCUGUAUCAGUUGUCUUAGGCCUUUGCUUUUUGUUUCUGAAAAUUACUGCAAUGCCAACUCCAAAAUCCGUUCCCUAUUCUGACCUGAUAAUGAGCCUUCAAAAUGGAAAUGUGGCUAAGGUUUUGUUCCAGGAGGGCACUCGUUCCAUAUACUUUAAUUCAAAAUCAUGGAGUGAUGAAUGUGAUGAAACCAUUCCAGAUGUUAGUGGCAACAAAGAUGUUGAACCAGGUAAUCAGGCUGAAAGGAAUAUGCAGGCGAAACUUAACAAGCCUACGAAAGCAUCCCCAGCCUGGGAAUUUUCGACAAGGAAGAUCGAUCAUGACGAGAGCUACCUCCUUUAUUUGAUGAGAGAAAAGGGGACUAUGUACAGUUCAGCACCUCAGUCAGCACUAAUGGCCAUGAGGACUACAUUGAUCACAGUGCUCACAUUGUGGAUACCGUUGGCUCCUUUAAUGUGGCUUCUUUAUCGACAGCUUUCUGCAGCGAAUAGUCCAGCCAAGAAAAGAAGGCCUAGAAAUCAAUCGAUUAACUUUGAAGAUGUGGAGGGUGUCGAUACUGCAAAGGUGGAGCUGAUGGAGAUAGUAUGUUGCCUCCAAGGAGCUAUAAACUAUAGUAAGCUAGGCGCCAAAUUACCCAGAGGCGUGCUGCUCGUAGGUCCUCCUGGAACGGGAAAGACAUUAUUAGCACGAGCCGUUGCUGGAGAGGCGGGAGUGCCCUUCUUUUCAGUUUCUGCUAGUGAAUUUGUUGAAUUAUUUGUUGGUAGAGGGGCUGCCCGGAUAAGGGACCUUUUUAAUGUUGCUCGGAAGAAUGCACCAUCAAUUGUUUUCAUCGAUGAGCUUGAUGCAGUUGGUGGAAAGCGUGGAAGAAGUUUCAACGAUGAACGAGACCAAACACUGAACCAGUUGCUGACAGAAAUGGAUGGGUUUGAGUCAGAUACAAGUGUGAUUGUAAUUGCAGCAACAAACAGACCCGAGGCCUUGGACCCGGCUCUGUGUCGACCCGGUCGAUUCUCAAGAAAAGUAUACGUGGGAGAGCCGGAUGAAGACGGAAGAAAGAAGAUUUUGGCUAUACAUCUGAGAGGCGUUCCCCUAGAGGAAGACAUCGAUCUUAUUUGUAAUCUUGUCGCAUCUCUUACACAAGGCUUUGUCGGGGCUGAUCUUGCCAACGUUGUCAACGAGGCAGCCCUGCUUGCAGCUCGCCGAGGGGCUGAGGAUGUAUCUCGGGAAGACAUCAUGGAAGCUAUCGAAAGAGCCAAGUUCGGAAUAAAUGGCAGGCAAACGGCUCCCGGAACGAUUAGCAAGGAGCUCGGGAAGCUAUUUCCAUGGCUGCCUUCUCUGAUGAGCAGAAACGAGAAUGCAAGAGGAGAUGGAAUGCAAGGAGGAUCUCUAGGGUACCAAACACUCAGCUAAAAUUUUUUUGGUUUAUAUUGCAACUUUGAAUGGAUAUUCACGUGCUGUGUUACUUUUGUUCAAAAACCUACCAUAAACUAAAGGCCUGAAAUUUGCUAUAAUCUGUUUUGUUGUAUA